CGAACAUGCAAAGUUUAAGAAAUAAACAUUCUUUCCUUCGUUGUUCAUAUGUAAAAGUUCUAGGUAUUAACGUUUGCUCUAGUAUUAAAAGAUUCAAUUUAGUAAUCCAAAGCUUUUGCAGUAGCUUAUGAAAAGAUAAAGAGAGUUCCAGAAAAUUUUAUUUCAAAUAAUAUAGUAUUUAAUAUAAAAACUAUAAAUAGGAAUUAUAAACUAGGCUUUGUCUUUCCAAGAAUAUUCUCUUGGUGAUUUUCCAUUGAAGAAAGUCUAUAAUCCCAAAACGUAAACAGUGCAAGUACACGUGCACUUGUGGCGUGCUUCUUUGUUAGACCCAAACGCCUCAGCCAAUCAGCGAACGCGAUACGGUGCGCGAGAGCAACUCCCGCGCGGCGUCACCUCAUUCUUGUCGAAGCUGCCGAGCAGUUAAGACGCGUAGUGAGCACCUCGUGUAAACUUAAAAUUGUUUGCGUUUAUAAAUCAUCAAGUAUUACUAAAUAAAACAUACUACAGUGGUGUAUUAAUAGAGUACGUAGAUUUAAGUUUUUUUUUCUAACGAAAAUUAGUGGUGUGAGAGAGGCAGUAGAGUGCCACGAGAUACAGCAGUUGGAAAAAGAAACAACCAUCGUUUGCUUUGGAGAAUCAUUCGGAGAUGGCGGACUCUAAUGAUCGUACGACGGAUAAGGAGACGGAGACUGACGACUCGUCACCAUUGACAACCCGUGAAGAACCUAUAGUAGACCCGGAGGUAGCAACGGGAUCUCAAGACGCUGAAGGAGCUGUUGGAGGUCCUAGCACGACCCCCCAAGUACCAACUAAUGAGCCUGGGAGAAUUGGUGGGUAUAAACGUUCCACUAUAGGAAGCAACAUCUAUUUUAAUGUAGAUCCUCGUUCGCAAGCCGGUUAUUCGUUAUACCCUGAUUUUAAUCGUGGACCACCAAUGAAUAUAAACCCUACCCCGGAGGUAGAUCCAAGACUUGUCUAUCAUCCUAAUGUUAAUUUCCAUCGCGGUAGUCAGGGUUAUGGAUCGUCCUUUGGUUAUUCUGCUCCUGAAGUAAACGUUCCAGGACUUGCUCAGAGUAUUGAUGCUGGUUUUGCUCAAGGCCCUUCAACUAGUGUUGCUCCAGUAAAUGUUCAAGGGUUUGCCCCAGGAUUCAUCCCAGGGGUAUCUCAAAAUGAUCCUUCUCGACGAAGUACGAUUCAUCCAUCGCGAGCUGACAUGAGAAUCAACUCUGAUGAUUCUGAAAUAAUUCCAGGAAGCUCUAGUACAGUAAAACCUAUUAUGUUCUUACAAGCAAUGCAACGAUGGGAUAUCACCUUCAGUGGUGCCCUCGGGGAAGAUGUUGAAUUAUUCCUCAGUCGUAUUCAGGAAGGUCUAGAUUUAUUAGGUGUUAAUGAAGAUACUUUGUUAAAAACUUUGCCGUUUCUAUUAAAAGGUGGUGCUCUAGUUUGGUACAGAGCUCGAGUGAAGAAUUUUGCAACGUGGCAACAAGUUAGAUUAGCUUUUCGCUCUAGAUUCGCAGAUCCAGACUAUCAGAUAGCAUUAAGAGAGGAAAUCAGUCGUCGUACGCAAGCUGAAGGCGAACCUAUUGGUGAAUACUUAGCAUGUAUGAAUGGUUUGUUUGACCGAACUGAUCCAAGUUGGACUGAGUGGGAGCGAGUGAGAUAUGCUCAUCGUGGUAUGCACCCUGCAUAUCGUAUAGCGAUUUCUUUGACUGAUACAUUAACCAUGAACCAGUUAGAAAGUUUAGCCAUCAGACAUGAGCAAGUAUGGCGUAGUCUGAAGGAGAGAAGAGCCCCUCCCCUCCCGGAAGAGUCCAUGUGUCCCGCUUAUGCGUAUGCUGGUCCUAGGACUCAUAACACUCAGUUUUAUCCUUAUGUAACCUCCAGACCAAGCCGAGCGAAUGUCCAAUUAGUACAACAAGAGUAUGACUAUGAGAUAGAAACACUGGAAGCAAUGCAAUCGAGAUCCAGCCAGAAGAAGACGGGUAAUUUGCCUACAAAUGUCCUUCCUACUCCUGUACCUUUCUAUCCAACCAACCCUGUAGCUCCAGCUUUAGCUCCAGUUUCAGUUCCAGUCCCUCAAGCUACAGGUAUAGUCCAAAAGAAUUCUGUUAAUCCCAAUUGUUGGAAUUGUAGUAAAUCUGGUCACCUCUUUAGAUUCUGUCCUGAGCCUCGCAGACGAUUUUGUUUUAAAUGUCAAGCUCCGGGAGUAACUUCAGUUAAUUGCCCACGUUGCAACCAGGGAAACGCACAACAGUGAGCGUUAUCCCGACUCAAACGCCCUCACUCUAUCUCAAG